UCCGAUUGGAUAAUUGAAUUUCCAAUGGCUGCUACUGCUGUGCGACAGAUAGAGAAACCGAAAAAUGAGUGAAACGUGAUAUUUUUAUUUAAUCUUCUUCCUUCUGUCCUUGUGAAUAAAACGUCAAGAAUAAAUGUAAGAGUGUGAAUAAAAGGAACCUGAAGAAAAAGCGGUCUCGCGGUUGUCGUGGUUAUAAUGAUCGAAGUCGAUCUCACUCAUGAGGUAUAAUCUAUUAUCGUGAACGUACCGAAUGUUUACGCUUCCCUGUUCUUUGAUAAUUAUGCACAGAGGUUUAUGAAUCAAAAGUGAAUACAUUUGUUCGUAACAUGUCCGAAAACAGGCUUAACAUGGAUAUCGAUAACCAAAGCGAAGAUGGAGAGAUAAAGAAAAGUCCUUCAAAAGACAUGGAUGACUUUAGUUUUUCAGAGGAGGAUGGAGGAGAUACAGCAGAUUCUUUGGAUAUAAAACCGCCACAGGCUAUCGUAAGGCAUCACAAAUCUAACUCCUCUAGAAGAAGAGAUAAGCACGGGGAUAGGAGGGAUCGUAGGGAAGAGAAAGAACGAAAGUCUAGGCAUCACGAUCGCGGGGAGGAUAGACAUAGAGAUAAACAUAGACAUCGUAGACACGGCGUAGAUUUGUUAGAAAGAUCGGAACGUUCGGAGGGAUCCAAAAGGGAUAGAGAACGAUUAGAGAGACUCGAGAGAUUAGAGAGUCAUAGGGAGAGGGAAUCGAGGCAUGAUAGGAAAGAGAGGAGUACAGGUGAUCGAGUUUUAGAGGAUUUAAGAGAAAGGUGUCUGAUUUACAGGUUGCUCGACAAGAGAAGAGAGAGGCGGGAAGAUUCUAGGGACAUUAGGGAUUACAAGGGGGAUACUCGACGCGACAUUCGUAUAGACGAUUCCCGGGAAUUGCAUUCUCGUGAACGCAGAGAGAUACGAAUAGAGGACGUAAGGGAGCGCCGUGAUAUUCGCACUAUCACGGAUGACGUUCGGGAACGUCGUGAAAUUCGCAUGGAGGAGCACAGGCACAUGAGAGUGAUAGAGGAGCAGUAUUCCGAAAAUGAACUUUUGGAACGGACCGAGAGAAGCGAGAAGCGACACAAGAGAUCCCACAAACACGAUCGACUUCGCGACAGGGACAGGGAAAAGGUAGAAAGGGAGAAGGAGCACAGGGAGAAGCAGUUGCGCGAAGCGAUGGAAAUCGUCUCCGAAGAACCCGAUGAAAUGGAGAUGAAUGAAAUCCCGAUACCGCCCAAGGAUCCCAAAGAAAUGACCGAGCAAGAGCUCAGGAAGGAAAGACUGUUGGAAGCCGACAGGGAAAUGGCUAGAAGAAAAGAGGUCUCUAGAAUGGAAUUGGAAGCGCGACGAAUGAAAAGGGGGGAGAAACGACCUUUGAGUCCCGAUAAUAAUCAAGAUCCCUCCGUUGUCGAAUUGUCGGAUGAAAGUCCAAGUCCAGUUCAUUCGGAUGAAGUUCGUUCCAAGUCGGUGGAGUCCAGGCACUCGUCCGACGGGCAAAGGAGUAUUCGCGAACGGUCAUCGGAGAGACAUUCUUCCGAUUCGUCCGAAUCGAGUAGCGAAGACGACGACGAGUCCAACGACUCGAAUAAAGGUUCGAACGCCGAUUCGAAUGACGGUUCCGAUUACAAUAAUCCGAGUCCUCUGUCCGUUGACCGGCUAGCCAAGUCCGAUCAUUCCGACGGAGAAUCACCUGGACACGUGGACUCUAACGGCGCGUCGAAAACCGUCGAGGAAGAGGAGAAAAAGGAGGAAGAGCCCGAAUUACCUCCCUAUUUGCCAGCGAUUCAAGGUUGCAGAAGCGUCGAGGAAUUCCAAUGUCUGAACCGAAUCGAGGAGGGUACAUACGGCGUGGUGUACAGAGCUCGCGACAAACGCACGGACGAGAUCGUUGCUCUGAAGCGUUUGAAGAUGGAGAAAGAGAAAGAAGGGUUCCCAAUCACCAGUCUCAGGGAGAUAAAUACUCUGUUGAAAGCACAGCAUCCGAAUAUCGUGACUGUCCGAGAAAUAGUCGUCGGUAGUAACAUGGAUAAAAUAUUCAUAGUGAUGGAUUAUGUGGAGCACGAUUUAAAGUCGCUAAUGGAAACAAUGAAACAGAAGAAGCAGGUGUUCAUACCAGGAGAAGUCAAGUGCCUUAUGCAGCAAUUGUUGAGAGCAGUCGCGCACUUGCACGACAAUUGGAUACUUCAUCGAGACUUGAAAACAUCGAAUUUGCUGUUGAGUCAUCGAGGCAUCUUGAAGGUUGGUGAUUUUGGUUUAGCCCGAGAGUACGGUUCACCGUUGAGACAAUAUACUCCGAUCGUCGUAACGCUUUGGUACAGAGCUCCCGAAUUGCUUCUGAGCGGAAAGGAAUACAGUACACCCGUCGACAUGUGGUCUGUGGGAUGUAUCUUCGCGGAAUUACUAAGAAUGGAAGCGCUGUUUCCAGGCAAAUCCGAGAUCGACCAGUUAAACAGAAUAUUCAAAGAACUGGGUACGCCGAACGAUCGAAUAUGGCCAGGGUACAGUAAGCUGCCGAUGGUGCAGAAGAUCCCGUUUGCUCAUUACCCUGUAAACAACUUGAGGCAGCGUUUUAGUUUGUCACUGUCCGACUUGGGCAUUGAAUUGUUGAACAAGUUUCUCACGUACGACCCUCAGCAACGAAUAACGGCGGAAGAUGCGCUGAAGCAUGGCUACUUCACGGAAGCUCCUUUGCCGAUCGAUCCGCAAAUGUUCCCAACGUGGCCGGCAAAGUCCGAGCUUGGAGUUAGGACGGCGAAUGCUUCCCCCAAGCCACCGAGCGGUGGCAAAGAGUACAAACAAUUGGGCGACGGCGACGAAGCCGAUUUAAGUAAUUCCGGUUUCCACAUGGGUCUCAUGGAAGGUGGAAGACAACCACCCGUUGGCGGUGGUUUCCACUUGAAGUUUUAGUUCUCCGCAAGUUCUAUCAGUGAAACAAAACACUAUCUUCUUUUUUACGGCGAAUAAACUUUGUACGGCGACGCAUCUGACGACGCAUUUAUAUAUAUAUAUAUAUAACGUUUUGGUUAUAACAUGCGUUAAAGAUGAAAUAUAAGGAAUUAAAAGGUCUCAUACAUUCUACGGAGAAAGUGUAUGACAAUUUUAUAGAAAAUU